GCUGCUUCUAAGGAGGCGGAUGCCGCCCGCUCCGCCCCCAAGCCGAUGUCGCCCUCGGACUUCCUGGACAAGCUAAUGGGGAGGACCUCUGGAUAUGAUGCCAGGAUCAGGCCCAAUUUCAAAGGUCCCCCGGUGAACGUGAGCUGCAACAUUUUCAUCAACAGCUUCGGUUCCAUUGCUGAGACAACUAUGGACUACAGAGUCAACAUCUUCCUGCGCCAGCAGUGGAACGACCCCCGGCUGGCCUACAACGAGUACCCCGAUGACUCUCUGGACCUGGACCCGUCCAUGUUGGACUCCAUCUGGAAACCCGACCUGUUCUUUGCCAACGAGAAGGGGGCCCACUUCCACGAGAUCACCACGGACAACAAACUGCUGAGGAUCUCCCGGAACGGGAACGUGCUCUACAGCAUCAGAAUCACCCUGACGCUGGCCUGCCCCAUGGACUUGAAGAAUUUCCCCAUGGAUGUCCAGACGUGUAUCAUGCAACUGGAAAGCUUUGGAUACACCAUGAAUGACCUCAUCUUUGAGUGGCAGGAGCAGGGAGCUGUGCAGGUGGCAGAUGGCCUAACUCUGCCCCAGUUUAUCCUGAAGGAGGAGAAGGACUUGAGGUACUGCACCAAGCAUUACAACACAGGUAAAUUCACCUGCAUUGAGGCCCGGUUCCACCUGGAGCGACAGAUGGGCUACUACCUGAUCCAAAUGUACAUUCCCAGCCUGCUCAUUGUCAUCCUCUCGUGGAUUUCCUUCUGGAUCAACAUGGAUGCUGCACCAGCCCGUGUGGGCCUGGGCAUCACCACCGUGCUCACCAUGACCACCCAGAGCUCUGGCUCCCGAGCGUCCCUGCCCAAGGUGUCCUACGUGAAAGCCAUUGACAUUUGGAUGGCGGUGUGCCUGCUCUUCGUGUUCUCCGCCCUGCUCGAGUAUGCCGCCGUCAACUUUGUGUCUCGGCAGCACAAAGAGCUGCUCCGAUUCAGGAGGAAGCGAAGACACCACAAGAGCCCCAUGUUGAAUCUGUUCCAGGAGGAUGAGGCUGGAGAGGGCCGCUUCAACUUCUCUGCCUACGGGAUGGGCCCGGCCUGCCUCCAGGCCAAGGAUGGCAUCUCGGUCAAGGGCGCCAACAACAAUAACACCACCAACCCGGCCCCGGCGCCCUCUAAGUCCCCGGAGGAGAUGCGAAAACUCUUCAUCCAGAGGGCCAAGAAGAUCGACAAAGUAUCCCGCAUCGGCUUCCCCAUGGCCUUCCUCAUCUUCAACAUGUUCUACUGGAUCAUCUACAAGAUCGUCCGCAGGGAGGACGUCCACAACCAGUGA